AUGGAACCCUCGAUCAUACGAACAGAUCUCGACAGUCUCUUUGACUACAGUCUGCAGCUAAACAAAUGGUUGCUGAUACCAAUCGGUGCUUGGCCCUCAACGACUUCAAAAAUCGAGAGGGUCGUUUCAUUAAUUUUGAUCGUCGUUUCUUACUGCUCCAUUCUAACAACCGUGGUCCCUUGCAUAUUGUACGUGAUUCUCGACGACGAUCUUCUGACACAGAAGCUGAUGAUGGUGGGUCCUCUGAGCCACUGGUUCAUAGGGGGAAUCAACUACACCACGUUGCUCUUGCGGAAAAAAGAGAUCCAAUGCUGCGUGAAGCACAUACACAUGCAAACCGAUUGGCGGUCGGUGACAAAAUCGAAGGACCAAGAAAUUAUGCUGAAGGACGCGGAAUUCGGUCGUUACGUGGUUAUUUUCUGCACCGCCUUCAUGCAGGGUGGCGUUCUGUGCUACUGCGUGAUAACAGGAUUCACCACGGAGGUUAUUCAAGUCGGAAACGAAACCAGAACCAUACGUAUGCUGCCAUGUGCCGCUUACAAGAAGCUGAUACCCGUGGACACUAGUCCCACAAAUGAGAUCAUUUUAUUCGUGCAGUUUUUGGCUGGUUUCAUUGUGAACUCUAGCACUGUCGGGGCUUUUAGUUUGGCUAUAGUGUUCGCGGCACAUGCUUAUGGCCAGCUGAACGUACUCAUCACGUGGAUCAGGGAACUCGUAAACGAAUCGAGAGGUCGUGAUCGAAAUGUUUAUUUGAAGGAAAUUGGUGUCGUAGUGGACAACCAUUUGAGAGCCCUGAGUUUUAUAUCGUAUAUUGAGGACAUGAUGACGGAGAUAUGCUUUUUGGAGUUGUUUAAGUGCACGUUUAAUAUAUGUAUGCUUGGAUACUACGUUCUUAUGCACUGGGCGAAUCGCGAUUAUCAAAAUAUGACAAUUUGUGUCGUCAUACUGUGUUCCAUGGCUUUCAACAUUUUCAUUGUGUGCUACAUCGGUGAAAAACUAUCUGAGCAGUGUAAAAAUGUCGGUGACUCAGUCUACAUGACGAACUGGUAUUAUUUACCGGAUAAACACAUUUUGGAUCUGCUACUGAUAAUUUCACGAUCUAGUACGGUAAUCAAAAUGACAGCUGGGAAAUUUGUUACUAUGUCUAUUUAUACGUUUGCAAGUGUGGUGAAAACAGCUUUUGCUUAUUUAAACGUGUUACGGCAAACUACAUGA